AAAUAAAGAAAAGAAGAUUAAGUCUCUAACCCUUUUUGUCUCUAACUAUCAUUUACAAUUUCCAACUCUCUUCUUCUCUCAAGAUUCAUUCAUUCCACCUUCUCAUCUAAAACAGUUUACCAAUUAUCACACAAAUUUUCGCAUUUCGAUCAUCAAAUUAUUUUCCCCCAACAGACAAGAAGAGAGAGAAAACGAUUGCGCGCAGAUUAAACCUAUUCGACGAGAUCGGAAACUCGGAUCUUCCAAUAAUUUGAAGCUCAAAAGAAGAAAAAUUCAGAUUUUGGGGGUUCAGUUGAAGCCACUGAACCCCCCUUGGAUACGCUACUGGUGCCAAUGGCGGAUAUUGCUGCGUUCGCCGAAGCUGCCGGGUCAAGAUUUAGCGAUUUGGAGCUGAUUGGAAGAGGUUCAUUUGGUGAUGUUUACAAAGGCUUUGAUAAGGAGCUGAACAAAGUUGUUGCUAUCAAGGUCAUUGACCUGGAGGAAUCUGAGGAUGAUAUUGAGGACAUUCAGAAGGAGAUAUCAGUUCUAUCACAAUGCCGCUCGCAGUAUAUCACUGAGUACUAUGGCUCUUAUCUCCACCAAACAAAAUUAUGGAUAAUAAUGGAAUAUAUGGCUGGUGGCUCUGUCGCUGACCUACUGCAGUCAGGUCCCCCUCUUGAUGAAAUGUCAAUAGCCUGCAUCUUACGUGACUUACUGCAUGCUGUCGAUUACCUUCAUGCUGAAGGAAAGAUCCAUAGAGAUAUCAAAGCCGCAAAUAUUUUGUUGUCUGAGAAUGGUGAUGUUAAGGUAGCAGAUUUUGGGGUUUCUGCACAAUUGACAAAAACAAUAUCACGGAGAAAGACUUUUGUUGGAACACCAUUUUGGAUGGCUCCAGAAGUAAUUCAGAAUUCAGAAGGCUACAAUGAGAAGGCGGAUAUAUGGUCCCUGGGCAUAACUGCAAUUGAAAUGGCAAAGGGGGAGCCUCCCCUUGCUGAUCUCCAUCCCAUGAGAGUUCUUUUUAUAAUACCUCGGGAAAAUCCACCUCAGCUGGAUGAGCAUUUCUCUCGUCCCAUGAAGGAAUUCGUAUCUUUGUGUUUGAGGAAAGUUCCUGCUGAGAGGCCUAGUGCCAAGGAACUAUUGAAAUACAGGUUUAUUAGAAAUGCCAGGAGAAGUCCCAGGCUUCUUGAAAGAAUAAGAGAACGCCCCAAGUAUCAAAUAAAGGAUGAUGGUGAAAAUGUUAGAAAUGGUUUCAAAGCUUUUGCUGAAGGUUCUGACACUGUUAAGGUGACCAGAGAGCCAAGAAAAGAUGAAACUGUUCGAGCCAGUAAUCAGGGAAAAACAUUUAGGAAUGCAGGAUGGGACUUCAGUAUUGGAGGAUCACAAAGUACUGGAACAGUUCGAAGUGUGGUGAGACCACCUCCAGUGCGGGCAAGGCGUGAAGACAAUUCAAAUAGUGAGCCUAGUCCAAGAAAAACUUACGAUGGUGACAAUCAAUGGCUAUCUGGAUCAGGAAAUGGGCUGUAUGAAUCAUCAGAGGUUUCCCUUGGUAGAUACUCCGGAGACGAGGAAAAACAGAAUAGUUUCCCUGAAUAUGAAGAUGGGUCUUCUACUGGAUCAGGAACUGUUGUUGUAAGAACUCCUAGGGGACGACAUUCGUCUUCUUAUCGCAGUGAUCAAAGCACACCUUCUGGCAGCACUUAUGCCUCUCAUGAGGAUGCCUCCACUAGUGGCACUCUUGUUGUUCGUGGCCAACGAGAUGACCCAGAAUCUCCUCGAACGCCUAAGUCAAGACUUGGGAUGCCAGAGAGAAGUUCUACCUCCUCUUUUGAAGACAGUGCUACUAAUUUGUCUGAGGCAAAGGCGGCCAUGCAAAAAGGUUUGAAGAAAGGUGUUAAUCGGGAAAGGCCUGUAGUGAAUAAAGCCAGUAAAGAUUUGCAGGAAAACAGAAGAACAGAUCAAAUUUCAAAUAGUUCCGAAUCUCCUAGGGGUCGUGACUAUCUGGAUGCUCAGAAAACUUUCUUGAGAUCACGUCCAACAAGCGAUGAUGAAGAAAAUGCAAAAAUUUCAACUGUGACAUCAUCUGCUUCAUUAUCUGCCCUGCUCAUCCCUUCAGUAAAGGAGGUAGUUGGUGAUGACGCAGAAGGGUAUGGUCAUGCUGUAAGAAACACCCUUAUUGAUAUGGAGCGGACAAAGCCCGGUUCUUCCGAAGUCCUUGUCAGCAGGCUGCUCCAUCGGCUUGGAAGUUCGAGGGAUCCUUCUCUGAGGGAUCUGCAGGAGCUGGCAGUCCACAUCUUCUCUAGGAGCAACAAUGAUCACAGUCAGAAUAUGUUAUCAGAAGCUGAUAGCAAAAAGAAACUACAGGGCAAAGAGUUCCUUUCAAAUCCUAAUAUAAGCCCUCUUGCGAGGUUUUUGCUCUCAAGAUGGCAUGGCCAAGCUUCUCACGAUUUGAAUCCAGCAUAGAGGAAAUCUUGGCUAUAUUUGCACAUAAGCAUUUUGUUGUGCUUUUUCUUAAGACAAGUUAUUUUUGAUUGGUGUACAUAACGGGUUCCCUUUUUUUCAUUUAUUUUUCUCAGCAAAUUUGUUUUCCUUCGUUUUUCAGCGAUCGUGUUAAAAGCAUCCUCAUUCCUGUUAACGAAUUAGUAUAGCUAGCGUAAUGGUGUAUACUUAAUAUAGAUUUUGUUGAUGUACAUGUUUGCACCAUUAUUUUAGAUUUGUCGCCCAUAGUUUUGACACUUCUCGUGAGGUCAUCCUCUUCUGAAACCGCGAGUUUGUUCUAAAUACUAAGAUUAUAUUAGAGAGAAAUUGAGCUA